AUGAGGACGGACAAGGGAGCAAAGGUGGUUAAGCAAAGUCCCGACAUCCAAAAAACACUUGAUUGUGGGUCAACUUGUUAUAUUACCACUGAGCAAACAUAUAAGAUGCUGGAGGAAUGGAGGAUCAACACACUCAUUCCACUGUAUAAAAACAAAGGUGUUCAUCGAGGAACGGAGGACAUAAGGAGAAUCAUACUGGAGACAGUGAUAAGAGAGAACCAAUACAGAUUCAUACCAGGAAGAUCAACUAAUGAGGCUAUUCAUGUUUUGAGGAGACUGAUGGAAAAUUAUAGGGAGCAGAAAAAGGAUUUACAUAUGGUGUUCAUUGACCUGGAGAAAGCGUAUGAUAGCAUAGCACGAGACAUUGUUUGGAUAGCCUCAAGGCUAGAGGUAUUUCUCAAAGAUACAUUGAGGCUAUAUGGGACAUGUACGACAGAGUACGACUAA